GCCCCUCUUACCGCCAUCGACCAUGGCGCCCAAACGCAAGCGCCGCGACGAGCAGAAGGGUCUCGCGCCCGGUCAGGUCCUCAAGCGCGCCAAGCUCCUCGGCAACGCGUCCUCGCCCUGGGGCUGGGUCGGCACCGACGUCCUCGAUGCGACGCAUAUCACUGAUGAGCAUAGGCUCGCGGCGUGUGGCUUCAAUCAACCUCUGUGCGCAAACAAGUAUGCGCCUGAGUACAGGCAGAUGCAGAAGGAAAGGCAGAGGAGGGCGAAGGAGCGGAAGACGAGGGAGAAGCGCGACUCAUCGCCCGCCGGCGGGGCGGACGAGGUGAUCGUCAUCUCGGACACGGAGGAGGCCCAGCCAGACUGCUCGAAGAAGCUCUGCAACAAAUGCAAUCCGAAUUGCUUGAACUACUUGGGACAGGACCAGUGGGAGGAUGAAGAUGACGCUUGGGAGGCGUUUAGGAAGAGGGUCAAGCUAGGAGACAGUCCGCUUGACGAUGCCAGAGAUCCUGACCUUCCUGUUGGACUCUACAACCUUGGCGCCACAUGCUACGCCAAUGCUUCCUUGCAGGUCUGGUUCCGUGACCUUGCCUUCCGACGCGGUGUAUACAAUUGCCAACCCUGCGGAAACGAGUCCGAGGACAAGUUCAAGCAAUCUCCCCUCUUCCACCUCCAAGUUACCUUCACUGCGCUCCAGGAGAGCACACAGAGCGUGUUCAAUCCCAACAAGCUUGUAGAGAGCUUGCAGCUGCGCACGUCAGAGCAGCAGGAUGCGCAAGAGUUCUCCAAGCUCUUCAUGACGCACCUCGCAAGCGAGUUCAAUAAGCAGAGUAUUCCGUCUGUGCGGUCGCUUGUUGCGGAUCAGUUCGAAGGUGUUCAACUCUACGGCACGCGCUGCGACACAUGCAAGACGCAGUCCGAGCGCGAGUCGACCUUCUUGGAGAUUGAGGUCAACUUCGGGAACAACAGUCGCCUGGAGGACUGUGUCGCUUCUUCCCUUCAACCCGAGAAGUUGACGGGAGAUAAUAAAUAUGCCUGCUCCGCCUGCAACGCCCUCCGCGACGCCACCCGGUACACCAAGCUGCGCAAGUUGCCCCCGGUACUGCACUUCUCGCUCAUGCGCUUCGUGUACGAUCUGAAGACGUACGAGCGGAAGAAGUCGAAGAGCGCGAUCGUGUUCCCGACGGUUUUGGAUAUGGGAAGGUUUGUGGAGGGUGGGGGCGAUGCUAGCGGCAGCAAGGCGCCGGCCGCUGCCAACAAAGAGUCGCCGACUGCAACUGGCAAAGAAUCGCACAUCUACGACCUCCGCGGCGUGCUGCUGCACAAGGGCUCGAGCGCGUACCAUGGGCACUACGAGGCGCAGGUGUACGAUACGGAACGCGCUUGCUGGUUCCAAUUCAACGACGAGAUCGUGACGAAGAUCACGACCUUGCAGGAGAAGAACAGCAAGCCUAUCGUCGUCGAUGUGGAGGGGGAGGAUGAGAAACCCAAGAAGCGCCCAAACGUGCGCAAACGGCGACGCGUCGAGGAUAGCGAGGACGAAGCUGACCUGCUCAGCCCUACCGCCACUUCGAAGGCUCAGCUCAGCGCGACUGCCGCUGCGAAGGCCCAGCUGAAGAGCACAGACAUCACCUCGAAGGACGCGUACAUGCUCAUAUACGCCCGUCGGGAGACGCCGGCAAUUCUUCAGGCGAGUGGAGGCGCUGUGGUGCCUCAGGCGAAUGGUGGCACCACUGUGACUCGAGCGAAUGGAUCCACGGCGGCUAUGAACGGGCAGACGGCCGGUGCCGCUAAUGGCGCUCAGGUGAACGGUACGGUGGGCUUUGCAGCGGGGGACGCGGCGACCAGUGCGAGUGCGUCUGUCGCGGUCGGUCCGAAGCCGACCAUUGCGAACGGCAACAGAGCGCCAACGAACGGCGACGGCCUGUCUAUGAACGGCAGCGCGGCUGAUACCGCAUCUUCCACCGCCCUCACCCCGCCGGCACGCGCCAUGGAAGCUGUGGCUGCCCUGAAUGCGAAGCACAGCGAGGAGUGCGAGAGGUAUCUGGCGAAAGAGUCCGAAGUUAAGUCGGCCUUUCGUGAGCUGCGGCGCAAGGUGAUGGACAUCUAUCAGAGUUGGAGUGUGAGCAGGCAAGAUGAGCCAUCCGUUGUGGUCAGCUCAGCCGCGCUUUCCGAGUGGUUGUCGACGUAUAGCGCGACGGCCGAGGUCCGGAGGCUGAAGCCAAUUGUGAAGGCGAUGAAAGAGGAGAAUCGUGCGGCGCAAAGAGCAGACUCAGUGAGCGGGAAAGUCAAUGGAAUGGAUGGCGAGACGAAGGGUACACCCGCCAAGGCGAACGGCGGGGUGGUCAGCACGAGCGACACGAACGCCGACGCGAAUGGCACGAAAGUCGGCACGAAUGGCAACACCGGUAUUGAGGACGACGGCGCAACCAGUUCGGAUGCGAUGGACGUAGACGCCAAACCGUCAGUCAAUGGCGAGGCCGAGUCGAAACCAUUGGACAAGGGCAAGCAGAAGGCCGUGGAUGAGCCGUCCGACGACGGAGAUCCCAACGAAAUAAUCCACAUAUCCAUCGCGGACGACCUCCUUUGUGAGCAUGGCGAGCUGCAUCCAUCGAACUCGACGUCGAUGAAGCGUAUACGGAAAGACGCCUAUGACAAGAUCGCUGCGCAGACGAGAUGCGUCUUCGUGCCGCUCUUGACUCCGCAGGAUGUAUGUCGGCAGUGCGUUGAGGUGAUCUUCAAAGAUCGCCUAUAUCAGGUGGAGCAUCCACGCCUUGUCAGUCAAUUCGAUGAUAUCGCUGAGGUACCGGAAGGCCAACCGGGCUACUGGAUAUCGAAGCCUUGGGUGAAGGACUGGCGAUUAACAAAGCCGAAGAUGCACCGACCAGACACUGGCGACCCGGCGCCUGACUCGGACGAGUUCAAAGAUCAUGUUCUUUGCGAGCACGGUCGAUUGAUUAACAAUAUCGCCAAUCGUAGGCGAAUAUCGCUGGAGGCAGGCAAUUUACUCCAAGCCUUGUUUCCUGGGCUGCAGCUUCUCCCAGCGUCGGAAGAGCCCUGCGCGAUCUGCGCCGUUGCCAUACAUUCAUCGAAGGAAGGCCGAUUGGAGGCGCGGAAGAAGGCAGAAGAUGAAAAGGCUCGACUCAAGCACAUGCUCGACCAUGCCUUGAAUGGAGAUACCGCUUUGCUGGAAGAUACGCCGCUCGCAAUUGUGCCCUCCCAGUUCGUCCGCGCUUGGAAAAUGUGGCUCGGCCGCCCAACGGAAUACCCUCGACCACCGGGUAUCGACAACUCGUCGUUCUUUUGCGAACACGAUCAGCUCGCAUUCGAUCCGAACGUCCCCGCCGACAUGGACUCGAAGUUAGCGGUGAUCAAGCGGAGCGAUUGGGAGGUGCUGCAGACAUUAUAUCCCUGCGGACCUCUGAUAGCUCUGGAGAAAGAGGCGAAGGAGAAGAGAUAUCGGCACGAUAUCCCAGUUUGUGUGGACUGUCGGCAAAGAAGGAAAUCCGAUUGGGAGUCGACGGAUAUCACUAUCCGGGUUGGCGGCCCGGACAAGGCGAAGCCGACAACGACAAAGAAGACGUACGGCUCUCGCCAGUCGAAGCGCCUGCGCUCCGUGAAGGAACAGGGCGAGCGGCGAAAGAUGUCAGUCACCAAGCAGACAUCCAUCAUGGGGCUCAAGAUCAUGAUCCAAUCGGAAUUGUCUAUACCCACAAUUUGCCAGCGACUCUUCUAUCAGGGCAAGGAACUCGAUGACAACAAGGCAACGAUGGAGUCGCUGGGCAUCUUUGCCAACGAUACGAUCGACUUGCGAGAGGAGCAGGAGAAGGAUUCGUUCUCGGAUACGGAGGAUGGUGAACAUGCCGCGAAGCGCCAACGCUCAGAGGAGCGGGGCUUUGGAGGGACUUUACUAGGUGCAGCUGUGCUACCCUCAUCCGAACUUCCUACCCCACCACCAGAUAUGAAGUCCUGUCCACACUGUACGUUUUUCAAUGCGCGUGAAGCCGAGGUCUGCGAGACCUGCGACGGCGCCCUCCUGUGAUGCCACACUACACAUACAACUGCUCGAAGUACUAGAACAACAGCGAAGUAGCACACAGCAGCGCGACGGCAGUCUAUUUAAGUGGAUGGCACUGUACAUUGCAUAUAUGUAAGGUCGCCAAAGUCCCGUGGUAGCAACAUAAACCCAGAGAAAGCAAGAAGUACACACCGCACCCCGUAGAUAGAGUUAAUGGGAGCAUAGCAGCAGCGGAUCCAGUCCGG